AUGCCGCCACCCAUACCUAACCCCGCAAAGCGGAUGACUGCAAACCCUGCGAGACCCGUUGCAAGGUAUCGUCCUGGCAAACCAGUUGCGGAACAAGAAUCGUCUGACGAGGAUGAAGAAUCAGAGGAGGAACAGCAGCGACCACCGCCCCAGAAGAAGCCACAAACCACCAGACCACAGCCAGUGAAGCCCCAACCAUCUAGAAAAGAGGAAAGUGAGGAGGAAGACGAGGAAGGUUUUGUUACGGACGAGGAAGAGGGUGCCAAAGUUGGCACGACGGGAGCACCAAAACGGCCAGUUACGGGUAUAGUCCCUCCGGCCAGGCAACUCCCGGUAAAGCAGGAGUACACAGGAGAAGAAUCCGAGGAAGAGGAGGAAUCAGAAGAGGAGUCUGAUGAAGAAGAAGAAGAAGAAGAGACUUCGUCCGAAGAAGAAGUGCCCCGGCGAAAAUUCCAGCGCCCGACAUUCAUCAAGAAGUAUGAUCGAAAACCUCCCACUCAAGCCUCCGAUGGCCAUCCUGAACCGGCUACGAAUGUCGCAAUACCAGAUCCGGAAGUGGACACUCAAACUCGCCGUCUCGCCCAAGCCGAGCUUUUGAUCAAAGACAAGCUGGAACGCGAUGCUCUAGCCCGCGCCCAAGGUAAAAAGGCAUGGGAUGACGAUGACGAGCUAGUGCCCGAAUCCAUGGUGGACGAUACUGACGGUCUCGAUCCGGAAGCUGAAUACGCGGCUUGGAAGCUUCGAGAGCUAAAGCGCCUGAAGCGAGAUCGCGAAGCACUGAUCGCACGGGAAAAGGAGAUCGAAGAAAUCGAACGGCGGCGCAAUUUGACGGCGCAGGAACGGGAGAAAGAAGAUAAGGCAUAUCUCGAAAAACAGAAACAGGAGCGCGAGGAAGGCCGUUCUGAAACAGCAUUUCUGGCACGAUAUCAUCACAAAGGCGCAUUUUUCCAAGGCGACGAGACCGCGGAGUUGCUGAAGAGGAGAGAUGUGAUGGGGGCAAGAUUCGAGGAUCAGGUCGCCGAUAAGUCUACUUUACCCGAGUACAUGCGACUGAGAGACAUGACAAAGCUGGGGAAGAAGGGGAGGACGAGAUACACGGACCUGAAGGGAGAGGAUACGGGCAGGUUUGGAGAGGAGGUCAAGAGAUGGAAAGGCAGUGGCGGCGGAGGGCUCGGAGCGAGGACAGGAGACUUUGACAACAGAGGUUUGGACGAGCGCUUCUUACCCGAUGAUGACCGCGGAGGUGGACGGACCGGUCCGACGGGUGCGAAUGCAAGCGUUGUUGCUCAGCGACGCGACCGAGAUAGGGAGGGAGAUGGGAACAAAGACGGAGACAGCUAUCGGCCUCGAGACAGACAACGUGAUCGUCAAGGCGACAGAGACCGGGACAGAGACUGGCGGAAGCGAUCAUAUUCUCGGUCCAGAUCGCGCUCCCGCUCCCGCUCGCGUUCUCCUCGACGAAGGAAGAAAGAGCAUUCGUACGAGCGAGACUCACGAGAUCGCGAGUACUACAGACGCAAACAUCCUGCGAGAGCCUGA